AUGGCUUCUUCCUCUUCUUCUUCUUCUUCGACAAUGGGAGGGCAAAAAGGAAACUCGGAUGGAGGAGGAGGAAUGAAAAAGAAAAGCGGAAGUGACGUAAGAAUAAAAAAGAAAAAUGACAAAUUGACGGUCCGAGUCGAAUAUUACGUAAACGAAAACACAUUCAAAGAAAGGUUGCAACUUUAUUUUAUUAAAAAUCAAAGAUCAAGUUUGAGAAUCAGAAUCGCAAAUUUAUUUUUCAAAUUAGUAACAUGUCUGUUGUACAUAUUAAGAGUGGUCACAGACCUAAAUCCGACUUACGCCACGUGCUACGGAUGCGCCGUCGGAGACAAAACGGAAUUUAUCAUAUCGGCAAACCUGACAGAGGAAAAAUUUCAAGAAAAUCCAAUAAUCAAUUGGGAUGCCAUCAUUUGGGUCAACAGACCUCUGGAACUCUGGACUGUUCAAGUUAUUUUAGCUUACAUCAGUUUAACUGAGGCCUUAUUAUUAGUUUAUCUUGGAUACAAGGGUAACAUAUGGCAACAGUUACUAUCGAGGCAUUUCAUAUUGGAAAUGUUAAACACGAUACCAUUCACGAUAACCAUAUUUCAUCCCCCGUUGAGAAAUCUUUUCAUCCCCGUUUUUCUUAACUGUUGGCUGGCAAAAAAUUCACUACAAAACAUGUUCAACGAUUUACAUCGAGCAAUGCAAAAAUCACAAUCGGCCUUGUCGCAACAGUUGAUGAUAUUAUCAGCGACGCUUCUUUGCCUUGUUUUUACCAGCGUUUGCGGGAUUCAACAUUUUCAAAGAGCAGGUCAUCGUCAUUUAAACCUUUUCCAGGCAACGUAUUACGUCGUCGUGACGUUUUCAACCGUUGGCUACGGUGAUUUCGUACCUGAUAUUUGGCCUUCGCAAUUGUACAUGGUACUCAUGAUAUGCAUCGCACUCAUCGUUUUACCCACUCAAUUCGAACAAUUGGCUUUCACGUGGAUGGAAAGGCAAAAAUUAGGGGGUUCAUAUUCGUCACACAGGGCACAAUCAGAAAAACACGUCGUCGUUUGUAGCACAACAUUACACGCGGACACGAUAAUGGAUUUUUUAAACGAAUUUUACGCUCAUCCUCUCCUACAGGAUUAUUACGUUGUACUUUUAUCACCAAUGGAAUUGGACACGACGAUGAGAAUGAUUCUUCAAGUACCCAUAUGGGCUCAAAGAGUGAUUUACAUACAGGGAUCUUGUUUGAAAGAUGGGGAUUUAGCAAGAGCAAGAAUGAAUGAAGCGGAAGCGUGUUUUGUUUUAGCCGCUCGAAAUUACGCCGAUAAAACUGCGGCAGACGAACACACGAUACUCAGAUCGUGGGCGGUAAAAGAUUUCGCACCCAAAGUACCGCAAUACGUUCAAAUAUUUAGACCGGAAAAUAAAAUUCACGUUAAAUUUGCCGAACACGUCGUGUGCGAAGACGAACUUAAAUAUGCUCUACUAGCAAAUAAUUGCACGUGUCCAGGAGCUUCGACUUUGGUCACACUUCUACUGCACACAUCCAGAGGACAAGAAGGUCAAACGUCCGAAGAAGAAUGGCAUAGAUUGUACGGUAGAUGUUCCGGAAAUGAAAUUUACCACAUAAAACUGGAAGAUAGUCGAUUUUUUGGAGAGUACGAAGGGAAAAGUUUUACAUACGCAUCGUUUCAUUCUCAUAGAAAGUACGGAGUCGCGCUUGUUGGCGUGAGACCAGCCGAAUUACCGGAAUUUUACGAGGAUACGAUAUUGUUGAAUCCCGGACCGAGACACGUGAUGAAAAAAUCAGAUAUUUGUUAUUAUUUAAGCAUAACGAAAGAAGAAAACAGUUCGUUUGUUGUACACGCAUCAAAUCAAGCUGCUGUCGAUAUAAAAGUGGGACAAAAGACUGAAAAACAUCCGGAUGUUCAUAUUGAAUCCGGCGGAUGUCACGAAACUACUCCACUCAAAUCAACGGGUAAUCAUUUAGACGUUCCUCGUCCGGGUGAUUUAAAUCUUUUAAGUCCGGAUAUGUCGGCGAGACGUGGAAGUAGAAGGCCGAGCAUUUUACCAGUGCCAGAUAAUUUAGGAUCUUUGAGAAGUUGCAGCGAUGCCGAAGAAGAAGAAGGAAGAGAAGAUGAGGAAAAUUUUAGCGAAAACGAUGACAUGUUAGACACUCUACCGUGGGCGACGCCAUGCGAAAACAUCGGAAUAAUAAAAGGUUUUCCUCCGGUGUCACCGUACAUAGGAGUAAGUCCGACGUUGUGUUACCUUUUACGUGAGAAAAAACCUCUUUGCUGUUUGCAAUUGGCUCAAGUUUGCGAACAUUGUUCCUUUCGUUCGGCAAAAGAAUACAAUUGGCAAAACAAAGCCAUCAUUUUGGCCGCUGAUUACGCUUCCAAUGGAAUAUAUAAUUUUAUUGUGCCACUUAGGGCCCACUUUAGAGCAAAGACUUCACUGCAUCCUAUCGUUUUGUUAUUAGAACGUAGACCCGAUCCAGCUUUUUUGGAUGCCUUGUCAUAUUUUCCAAUAGUUUACUGGAUGCUCGGAUCAUUAGACUGUCUCGACGAUUUGGUAAGAGCUGGAAUAGUACUUGCCGAAACUGUUGUUGUUGUAAAUAAAGAACUUUGUAAUUCGGCGGAAGAAGAUACACUAGCAGACUGUAACACAAUUCUUAGCGUUCAAACUAUGUUUAAGUUCUUCCCCAACAUAGCAAGCAUAACGGAACUUUCACAAUCGUCAAACAUGCGUUUUAUGCAUUUUCGAGCUCACGAUAAAUACGCACUUCAUCUAUCGAAAAUGGAAAAGAGCGAAAAAGAAAGAGGAUCUCAUAUAUCUUACAUGUUUCGUUUGCCGUUUGCAUCAGGAAGCGUUUUUAGUGCUUCCAUGCUCGACACUUUACUAUAUCAGGCGUUUGUUAAAGAUUACGUCAUCACUUUUGUUCGAUUACUUUUAGGCGUGGAUCAAGCACCCGGUUCUGGAUUUCUCACAUCCAUGAAAAUAACAAAAGAAGACAUGUGGAUAAGAACCUACGGGAGAUUAUAUCAAAAAUUAUGUUCGACGACGUGCGAAGUACCGAUCGGGAUUUACAGGACGGAAGAUCCACCGGAUUCGGAUGAAUAUUCGAUAGAUGAGACGAGAGAAAAUUUUGCACAUUCACAACAAAUCGAAAGAGCGGAAAUAGCCAAUUUGGUAAGGUCGAGAAUGGAAAGUUUAAACGUGACGACGGCGGAUUACGAUCACGAAGCAAUGGAUAAACCUUCUAGAAUAUCAUACGUCAUAAUUAAUCCGAGUUGCGAUUUGAAAUUACACGAGGGAGACAUCAUUUACCUCGUCCGUCCGAGUCCGUUUUCGGCGCAGAAAACAUUCGAAAGACACAACAGCAGGAGAAAAAGCAACAUAAGUUUUUGUUCGCAACAAUUAUUACAACAAAUGCCGUUGAAUCAAAGAAGAGGAUCCGCAUCGUCACGUCCGCCAUCUUUGGUUUCGAUGAAAGCCAAUAGUUUAUCACUUCCGGACAGUCCGCAACAACCGCCUUUUCGAUGCCGGAGCAACAGUUUAAGAGUUUCCGACGACAUAUUGUUAAGACGAUCGAAUUCUUUAAGACAGGGAAUAAACGUUAGGAGAAAAAGUUCACUUGAAGAUCUUGGAAUUUCACAUUCGAUAAAGAUAGCAUUAAACGGAUCCAUCGAUUUGGAGGUUACGCCACCAGAGGACCAAUUAAGGCCUACAAUCGUAUGA